ACAAGCUGCAGAGCGAGCAACUCAUUUUAGUGGAUCAUUUUGCUUGCAGCAUUGGAAGGUGUUUGUUUCCCCUGAUUUGCCCUGGAUGCCUUGAAAAGUGGACAACCAACAGCACAAAAUCUGAGCCUGACCUUUUCCACAAGGGAAAACAUUUAUGAAUAUUAUGGACAAAUCACAAAUAGAUGAGUCAAAGUGAUAACAGCUAAGUAUUUUUGUCUUUUCCUUUGUAUCAGCUGAAUGAAUCGGCAUUUUUGAACCAGCACAUCAUCCUGCACGUGUUUGUCCAUGUCGGAGUGAGGUGACUUCUAAUUUUCUAUGGUCAGGUGUCUCACACAGACAUGUCCAAUGAUAGCUGCAACCUCCCCUUGGACACGGACACAUUUGGCCUGACCUGCAUCUACAGCCUGAUCUUCUCUCUGGGUCUCCCUAGCAACCUGUUGUCUCUCUGGGGACUGUACCAUUUGGGUCGCUCAGGUGGGGGAAGCUGCCAGCUGGUCUACAUCCUCAACCUGCUUCUGUCAGAUCUCCUCCAGCUGCUAACCCUGCCACUGUGGAUUCUUUACCUGCAGGGUGCACAUCGUUGGCCCUAUGGCCAACUGGCCUGCGAGCUGGUUGGCUAUGUGUUUUAUGUAAAUGUCUACGCAAGUGUCAUGUUCUUGUGCCUGAUAGCACUGGACCGCUGCCUGGCCAUUGUGUACCCACUGAGCAGCCGCAGGGUGCGGACUGUCAGGGUGGCAGCGAUUUCAGGUGUAGCGGUCUGGACCCUCACCUUCCUGUUCUGCUUGAGCGGGCUGCUGCCAUCAGUGUUCGACUCUGACAGACUACUUUGUCUGGAGCAGUACCCUGUCAGCCUCAGAUACGCCCACUUCAAGAUCAUCACUGUGGCAUUGGGCUUCCUGCUGCCAUGUGCUAUAUUAGGCUAUACCUCAACCCACAUCGGGGUGACACUUAAACGAUCUUCCUCCCUCUCUGACCAUGAGCGACACAAAAUUGUAGCCAUCCUGGUUGUGAUAACCAUCAACUUUAUUGCAGUAUUUGGGCCCUACCACCUUGUAGGUGGAUACAGGUUUGUGUCCUUGCUGCUGACAGAUGAUCCAUGUGGACUGGAGUGCUCCAUUUUCCUCAUUUAUCGCCUGUGCUAUGGUCUGACCAGCCUCAACACCCUGCUGGAUCCUCUCUUCUACAUCUUCCUAUGCACUGAUGCCCGCCUAGAACUGCAAAGGUCCCUGCCCUGUUUAGGAAGGGGGUAAAACACCAGUAAAAUGAUAAUCCCCAGUACCAGAGCUCACCCAGAAACCCAGAGGGAGAGUGAAAGUGGACAUAAUAAUUAACAUUGACUACUAUUUAGUCAAAGCAACUGUGGCACCCAGUGGAAAUACGUGUGUACCGUUGAUGUGCAGUAUGAGUUUCAGCUCUCAGCAGACUCCCCUCAGAGAGUUCCCACUCGUCAUCUCAAGAGUUCUACUAGUACAGUUUUAGUUUCUCACUUGAGAUCAUCUACAGCAAGUAUAAUUCAGAAAUUGAGAAAAAUAGAAAUGUUUAUGUGUAGCACAGUGAUUUCAAACUGCACUGACUUGAACUACUGCUUAAAAUAAUCUCAAUACUGUAUAAGUAAAUAUGUAGUAACACUAAAUACAUAGAACUUUAUUAUUUAAAAUUUUUUAAAAGCCAUUUUUUACAACCACUAGUCACUUGUGGCUUCAGCUAACAGAUGUACAACCAUCUUCAAUACAACCUGGAAUUGAUUUGGAUGUGUUUUUAAAGUGUCUGACCACUGCAUGGAAAUGAAC